AAUAUUCGAAGCUCAUCCAUUCAAAGGCGAAGUUUUAUUCAGUCAAGGUGAUGAAGGCAAAUCAUGGUAUAUAAUUUUAAAAGGUUCUGUUCAAUGUAUUUUAUAUGGUAAAGGUGUUGUUGGGACACUUCAUGAAGGUGAUGAUUUUGGUAAAUUAAGUUUAGUUAAUAAUUCUCCAAGAACUGCAACAAUUAUUUUAAAUGAAGAUAAUACACAUUUUUUACGUGUUGAUAAAGAUGAUUUUAAUCGUGUACUUCGUGAUGUUGAAGCAAAUACAAUUAAAUUAAAAGAAUUUGGUAAAGAUGUUCUUAUACUUGAAAAAGUUCCUAUUAAUGUUAAAACAUCAGAUGGAACAUAUCAAGUUUGUUAUAAAUAUUCAGUUAUGUCUGGUACAGCUGAAAAAUUACUUGGAUAUUUACUUGAAACAUAUAUUUGUGUUAAUUUUGAAGAAGGUGAUACAAUCUUAGAUGAUUUUUUUGCGACUUAUGUUAUUUUUAUGCCAACAAAUCAAAUAUGUGCAACAUUACUUUCAAUAUAUAAAGCUAAACCACAUCAACGUAUAGGUGAAAAUAUUGGUUUAACAUUACAAGAAAAAAUCAAAGUUAUAAGAUUUAUUCUUGAAUGGCAUGAUACAACAAAAGAAACAUUUUUUGAAGAUCCAAAAAUAAGUCUUUUUCUUGAUGAAUUACAUCAAUUAAUUCGUGUUGAUGUUAAAGUAUAUCCUCAACUUAAAGAUGAAAUGAAAACAUUUGAAUCAAUAAUGGAAAGUGAUGCAGAACCGAAAGAAACACGUAAAAGUAAAUUACCAUGGAAACAAAGAAAUAGUAUAGAUAAACCAAAAAUGAUACGUUCAUCUGAUGAAGUAAUUUUCAAAGUUUAUUGUGCUGAUCAUACAUAUACAACUAUGAAAAUGAGAGUUGAUACACCUGCUUCAAGAAUUAUUCGAUUAGCAGCUGAUAAAUUAGGUUUACGUUCUGAUCAACCGGAUGAUUUAAAAUUAUGUGAAGUUAAAUCUACUGGAGAAAGACUUUUAUAUAAAGAAAGUGAUCUAAGUAUUUCAUAUGGUUUAUCAUUGAAUGGUCGUUUAUUUUUGGCACCUGGUGAUCAUCUUGAUGCUUUAGUACCUUUACCGGAACAGGAAGGUCCACAACGUGGUACAUGGCAAAAACUAGAAAUGUUUGGCUCAAAAGAACUUGCUUAUGCUAUUACAAUGCAUGAUUAUGAAUUAUUUAUGGCUAUUAAUCAACAUGAACUUCUUUAUCAAGUUUUUGGUCGAUAUAAAUAUAAUAAAAUAACUGCAAAUUUAGAUACAUUUAUGAGACGAUUUAAUGAAAUACAAUAUUGGAUUGUAACAGAAAUAUGUUUAACACCAAGUCCUGGUAAACGUGUACAACUAUUAAGAAAAUUUAUUAAACUGGCAUCUUAUUGUAAAGAAUAUCGAAAUUUAAAUUCAUUUUUUGCUAUUGUAAUGGGUCUUAGUAAUAUUGCUGUUAGUCGAUUAUCACUUACUUGGGAAAGAUUACCAAGUAAAAUAAAACGUAUGUUUUCCGAAUUUGAAACUCUAAUGGAUCCAUCACGUAAUCAUCGAGUGUAUCGUUCAACAUUAACAAAACUUACACCACCGAUUAUACUAUUUAUGCCAUUGUUACUUAAAGAUUUAACAUUUACUCAUGAGGGUAAUAAAACAUAUCUAAUUGAAGGUUUAGUCAAUUUUGAAAAAAUGAGAAUGUUAUCUCAUACAAUGCGUACAUUAAAAAUAUGCCGCAGUCAAACAUUACAAUUACAAGUCCCACAAGGCGCAAAAAAUCUUUCGGAAAUACAAGAAUAUGUUCGCGAAUUGGUUGUUAUUGAUAAUCAACGUAUUUUAAAUCAAUUAUCCAAUAAAUUAGAACCAAGACAAACAUAA